AUGGAGGUGAGAAGAAGACUUCUGCUGGGGCUGCUCUCUGUACUGGGGCUUGCAGUGCAAGCGUCUGAUGUCUCCAGUCAGAAGUUGCCUCCAUUUUGUGGCCAUUAUGAUUGUCCAAAGUACCAGCUGGUGAAAGACUAUGCUGAAUUUGAACUUCGUCAGUAUGAAGAAACUCAUUGGGUGACCACUUCAGUAAAACAGGACAUUCUUGGCAUGGUGACUAGCUUCAACCGGCUGUUUAAUUAUAUCUCUGGGAACAAUGCUGAAGGGCUGAAGAUAAACAUGACAGUACCCGUGAUAAUAUAUGUGCCACUUAAACAACCACCUGCUGAUAAUGCCACAAUGUCCAUCUUUGUGCCACAUGAAGUGGAGAAUGCCCCGAAACCUACAGACCCUGAAGUUUACCUGGAUACAUAUCCUGCAGCUUCUGUAUAUGUCAAGACUUUUGGAGGAUAUGCCCUAAGCACUGCAUAUGCUUACCAAGCUGAAGCCCUAGCAGAGAACCUGAGGCUCCUUGGUCUGCAGUUUGAUGAUACAUACUUUGUACACGCUUCCUACAAUGCUCCUACUGAGUUUCUCAACCGCCACAAUGAAGUGUGGUACAUGGUAGUCGUCUAA